CAUUGGCUAUUUAUCCAUUAUAUUUACAGAUUAACAUGUGUGCUUUCUCAGUGCGGUGCUUCAGUUCGUUUUGAGACUACUAAACCUUAGCUUUUAUUUACUUAUUUUUAACCGAAUAAAUAUAUGUAUUCUCUUUAAAUUCAGGUUGUUUGCGGAUUCUAUAUUUUUGUAUUUGAACUUAAUAGUGAAAUAAUUUUUUGGAGGACAAGGAAGGCGGAUUUUCAAAACAUUCGAUUCAUUUUAGUAGCACCAACAACAUGAUAAAGCAGCGGGUGGCAACGUUGACAGGUAGAACUAACAAGUCGUGUGUGUAACCAAUUUUUUAUUUUAAAAACCAACCUUUUAUUUUGAAAAACAGUUCAGGAAGUAGCCCUAGUUUUGUUUCCGGAAUUAAUUUCUGUGUUUGUAGUAUACCGUCAACAUUGUGAACUUUAAAUUCUCAAAACAUUGACUGAAUACUGCAAAUUACUAUAACAUCAUUAUUGAAUAUUUACAUAGUUCCAAAGACAUGUGCGAUAGCGUCGCCUUUCAUGCUCAGCUAGCUUCGAUAAUUGAGGUUUUGGCGAAUGCAGCGGUUGCCGAAAUCUGUAAACUUGUAGAUGAUGGCCAUGCUGCCUUACGUAUGGAAAUUUCCCAUAGCCAGAAAGAAAUUGAUAACCUGCGGAGGAAGCUGCUUUUGACAAAAUACCAGAGUUCUCAACGGGGCACAGAGAAAUUCGGAGCCCUGCGACGCACAGUUCACAGGCGCGACACCGAUCUUGUUGCCCGAGCAAGAGCGAGCUUUGUUGGAAAGUCAUCAGGCAGACAUGGAUAUUUGGAGAAUCGUUGUUCCAACAGUGAAGGGGACAACUUCACAAAGGAUGUCACGAACUGGAAUGACGCAAGACGCACAGCGACAGACCCGGAUGGGAGCAUGCAGAUGGCAGAUAUGCAAGAGGAAACUUGUGUCAAAAUGGAGAACCUUGACACCAGUACAAUAGAAGAGAUUGUCCAACCAGUCAGUGAGAGCAGUGAGAAGAUCAUUGUGGCAGAACCAGGUUCUUCAUCAUCUACUGAACCCACAGACCAUCUGGACCAGCAGGGCAACAGACACAGAGCUCCAGACACCUCACUCAAUAUAGAACCUGACAACCAGACGUUCCAGCAUCCAGCAUCACAAUACAGCAGAACAAGACAGGACCAUCAGGUUGCUGAGGGUGUGACCUGGGAAACUGACCAUCAACCCAUAGAAUACAGCCUGUCCCAAUGGACAGAGAACCAAGAGACUGACAACCCAACUGUGAAUGCUCCUCACAAUGCAGGGCCAGACUCCAAGAGGCUGUCUGAACAUCCAGAGAGGAGAGGGGCGCCAGGUAACUCUGGGGUCUACAUGUCUGCUUCAGGCUCUCUGGACUGGCUGCCUGAUGUGGUGAUGGUGGACUCAGUUCCCAUUAAAGUGGAGGCAGAUAUGAGUUCAGAAUGGAGCAUAACUGGCCAAGAGUUGACAUCUGGAGACAUCUGUUCAGACAGCAGGCAGCUUGUGGACAACAGAGGAAGAGUGGGAAUGGAGUCUGGACAGACAAAGUGUCCCCCUGACACUCAACAUGCAGAACAAGGGACAACUGUAGGAUCAAGGUCCAAGAUGCCAGAUUUCAAUGGACUGUCCAACCGAAACAGCUUUUCAUCCCCAAGGGUUACUCUCCAACAGGUUCCCCAAAGAGGGAAGCCAGCCCCCUUCCCAAAUUUCAACAGAGGCUCCACUUCUUCAUCGAAAGGCAUAGAAAAGCAGCCGCAACAGCUGACGUCUCACUCCAGCAAGAGAUAUCUCCGGUGCAGCCUCUGCGGGAAGCCCUUCCCCCAGGCGUACCUAAGCAGGCACAUGCGGGUCCAUACAGGGGAGAAACCGUACGGCUGCAGCCACUGCACCAAGCGCUUCUCCCACAGCCACCAGCUAAAGAGGCAUGAGAGGGUGCACACCGGAGAGAAACCGUUUCAAUGUGUCUACUGUGGGAAGUGCUUCACUCAGUCCUGUCACAUGAAGAAGCACCUCCUCGUCCACACUGGCGGCAGGCCACAGGACGUUGGGCUGCCCUGAGUGUUCCAGGCUAUAGUUCAGACUAGAUACAGAUCUAGGAUCAGCUUCCUCUCCCACAAUCUUAACCUUGACCAUUAGUGGAUUUUUUAAAUUCUUUAAACUGACCCAACAUCAGCAUCUAAGGGCAACUUCACACUACUCCUCCCAGUGUAAUGAUAGGCAGGGCCUGGAGUUUUUCCUCACCACGUGACCAGGCCAGGGAAAAACUCCUGGCCCUAGUUGUAAAUGGAAUGUCUCAACACUACUGUGGUUUAUAUAUGAAUACUGGGUCCAUGUGUUUUUCACUUUGAAUGGUUUCCUCAUUGACCGCUUCCCUCUGUGUGUAGUGGUCGUGUUUUCAGGUCAACUGGCUUGAUGCUUGGUCCAACGUGGAUUGAUCAUGUAUAAGUUAUUACAGGUGAAGAUUUUAAAUGUAUUUUAGUCAGUUAGCAGACACUCUUAUUCAUAGCAACAAGAGCAUUUAGGGUUAAGUGCUGUGCUCAAGGGCACAUUGACAGAUUUUUCAGCUUGUCGGCUAGGUGAUUCCAACCUGCGGCCUUUCAGUUAUUGGCUCAACGCUCUUAACCGCUUGGCUACAUCCUUAUGAAUUUUUAUUUGUGCAGUGGGGAACCAAAGCACAAUAAUUAAGACUACAUUUCCAUUAACCUGUCAAUAAGACAGAUUCCCUAUCAGACUGAUAGACUGUAACGAUGUAGAUAGAUUUUAUAUCAUUGUGAACAGAGUUCCGGAAGCACUGGACAGGUGCCUGGGCGAGCAAGGCCUGUUGUUUGUUGCUCGUCUCUGUUCGUACUUGGACGCAGGGAUGAGGAGGAGGAAGGCGCAGGGUUCCCAGACGCCAGCACACUCCUUGCCCUGGAAACGAACCUGGCGACCCAGCAGUUACAAGGAGAGAGAGAGAGUGCUGACUGGAAUGAGAUCUGAUCCUGAACCCAAGUAGUUACUGAAAGGAGGAGAAGCCAGUACAUUUGGUUACAGGUCACUGUGAAGGACAACAUGUUAUUUAGGUGUUUAGCUAUUACUCAAGACUAUCAGAAAUCCCUUUGGCUAUUUAUAUACAGUACCAGUCAAAUGUUUGGACACACCUACUAAUUCCCAAGUGGGCCGCCAGAGUGACGCAGCGGUCUUAGGCACUGUGUCUCAGUGCUAGAGGUGUCACUACAGACUCUGGUUUGA